AUGCACGAAGUCGAACCUCUACAGGAUUACGAGCUAGUAUCUCAACUGCGUGUUCCUGGCUGGGAGCAGAUUCCAGCUUUAUAGCCUGCUCCCAUCCCUGAGGCGGGUCGGGCUUUACGGCCUGCUCUCAUUCCCGAGCCUGGUGUGGCUUUACCGCCAGCGCUGCCUCCACUUCCUCGUUUUCAACGUACGGACGAUGGCGAGGUUGCUCCUAUCGAUCAUCGACGUGAGGAGGCUGUGGAGGCUAUCGACAGUUACGAAGGUGACGACCCUGCGGAGCGUGAUCCACCUCUACCUCCUGACGAUGGUCACGAGUACCGGCCUUAUCGUGUCGGUCGCAGUCCCGGUCUGCUCGAGAACAUUGACGAGGGCAACAUUCUACCGGUUCGCACGCGUGCUCAGCGUCGCUUCGCCGCCCUCAGUAUUGUGUCCACGCGCAAGGUCGUUCGUCGCGAACCAGAGCUCAUCGCGUCGUUUUCCACUAGUCACCCACCGCUUCCCAAGACCUUCAAGGAUGCGAUGGCUUCGCCCGAGGCCGAGUCAUGGUACGCUGCGUCCGUCAAGGAACUCAACUUCAUGGGCUUGCACAAGGUCUUCAAGCUUUCGAGGCUACCCACUGGGGCUCGUGCACUGGGCUAUCGUUGAGUGUUUACUUAGUAGGAAGACGCCGAAGGCAACAUCAUCAGCUACAAGGCUCGUCUAGUCGUCCAAAGCUUUGCUCCACGACUGGGGAUCGACUACAACAAGACGUUUGCUCCUGUCUCGUCGAUCACGACGAUCUUGUUCGUUGUCGGCCUUUCUGCCGCUCGCCUGACUGAUUCUCGAACAGUGGUCCUGACUUCUCGGCAUCUGUGA